AGACUGCAUAUAAAGAAAAAGGUAUUUUUCAAUCACGGUGGUGAGGCAGUGGUACAGGCUGCCCAGAGAGGCGGCGGACACCCCGUCAGCAUUUAAACGUAGGGUCGUGGCAGGAAACAGACCGCAUUUUAGUUUCAAUCUGCCACGUUCUUUAAGCCACCUUAAGCCUGCACACCAAACCUAGAACCACUACGCAUAGCUGCGCUACGCCGCUCCGCGAAAGCGAAAGCAACCUGAAGCGCCUCCACGGGGAGGGGCGUUGAGUCGGCGCCAACUGCGGGAGUUCCCCGGAAGCGGCGUUGGUUACCACGGCAACGGCGCAGGCGGCGGCGGCGGCGGGCCUCAACCCGGCCGACAUUUCGUAGGCCGAGAUCUUACCUCUGAAGUUUACAGACGAGGCUCCAGGCUGCACUAGAAAGUAACGUGUUCUUGAGCAGGGUUUUACUUGAUGAUAAACAGUAAGCUUUAAUUUGCCUCCAGUGUUCAUAUGUAUUUUAAAAUAAGGAGUUGGACAUAAGGUUCAGCAACUCACAUUAGCAGGCGCUGAGGAAGGUGAUCUGUGUGUGUUUGACCCAGAACUAUGGGACUGUUUGACAAGCUAGCAGGGUGGCUUGGGCUGAAGAAAAAGGAGGUUCAUGUUUUGUGCCUUGGUUUGGACAACAGUGGCAAAACAACGAUCAUCAAUAAACUUAAGCCUUCAAAUGCUCAAACUCAGGACAUUGUUCCAACGAUAGGAUUCAGUAUAGAGAAAUUCAAGACAUCCAGUUUGUCUUUCACAGUUUUUGAUAUGUCAGGCCAAGGCAGAUACAGAAACCUCUGGGAACAUUACUACAAAGAAGGCCAGGCCAUUAUUUUUGUCAUUGAUAGCAGUGACAAAUUAAGAAUGGUUGUGGCCAAAGAAGAACUUGACACUCUUCUGAAUCAUCCAGAUAUUAAGCACCGUCGACUGCCUAUUCUUUUCUUUGCUAACAAGAUGGACCUCAGGGAUGCAAUAUCAUCUGUGAAAGUAUCUCAGUUAUUAUCAUUAGAAAACAUCAAAGACAAACCUUGGCAUAUCUGUGCCAGUGAUGCUCUUAAAGGAGAAGGCUUACAGGAAGGUGUGGACUGGCUCCAAGAUCAGAUGCAAGCAAUGAAGACAUGAGAGAUAAAUAAAAGAUGUAUGGUGUUUUCUCUUACAAACUUUGCUAGCAGCUGACCAGUUCUUGGAAAGGAAGAAAGGCUUAAAGGAAAUGGAACACUUCAGCUAAAUAUUCUGUGAUGAUUUGUUUCCUUUUAGUAUCUCUACCAGAAAAAGUAAAUAUAGAUAACAUAGUAUCUCAGGUAUGCACAUCCAUGAAUUAAAUUGAACUGUGUGACAGGGGAGCAUAUUUAAAACCAAAAAUGUGUAAGUAAUAAGCAUCUGCAUUCAUUUGAGUUUUUGGUGAUAAUUAGCCAUGGGGCAGUGUGCCACUUCUGGGGGGACAGUAACUUUUGAACAAACGGAAGUAUUGAUAUUCCUGAGGAUGAGUAGUCAGUACUUCCUGAAAUGAACUACAUGAAAUAUCUAAAAUAGAGUUCCUACAAACAGUAGGUUUUUUUAAUUGAAAGUUUUGACAUUGAGAUUUUUUCAAGUGACUAUCUGCAGUAGAUUGCUAGAAGAAUAUUUUGAGGUUAAGAUGGGUUCAAAUGUUAAAUGCAGCUUUUACAAAUGACUGCAGAUGUUUUGAGGAAUUUCUCAUUAUCAAAUGUUACAAACAUUUUCUGUGCUAUGUCAUGGUUAUAUUUGUAUUCCCAUCAAUAAAACUUCAGAUAUACAACAUGUCAUGUUUUUGCUUUUUUAGACAUAAAUAUGUUCAUUGAUGCUCUCUACGUGGUAGAGAAAUUUGCUUUUCAGUUAAUCUCAUUUGGAUUUUUUGUCCAUUUUUUAAUGCAAGUAGGAUUUUAUAAUAAAGCAGUUCCUCUUUUUUCAAUCUUUUUUUUUUUUUUUAAUUGCAUACAGUUCAUCUUUCUAAUAAGCAAGACUGCAGUUUCAGGUGUUUAUGAGCGUAUGACUGAAAAUUACAUUUUGGAAAUACAGUUAAGAGGCACUAGUCUACUAGAUCACUAAAAUUUAAUAUGUAUUAUACUUGUCUUGUGCAUAAAAACUAUUUUACUUUCAAGAAUGACUUUAAUAAACUUUCUGACUUCAAAGAUACACUCCAGGUAACAAAUUAAGGUAGUGCUAAGCACUUUAUUUUUGUCAUGCCACCUCUUCCCAUUUUAAUGCCUCUUCCCAUGUCUGAUUAACAGGAGAACUUGCACUGGGAGUGAUGAAGGUGGUUCUUUACUGUAUUUUUCUCCCACUACCUGAUUCCUGUGGGAGAUGCGACAUGUAGGUUUUGAAAAACUUUUUCCCCUGUGUUAAUGUUUAAAACACAGAGAUGUUCUGUAAGCAAUGCCUUUUCUGGCUCACUUAAUAGAGGAAUAUUUGGAGCAAAGGGAGCUACCUGAAAUGGUAAAACUUUCAUGUAUUUUCAGCUUUUUAAACAGCUAAUUCUAAGUCACUUGCUCUGCUCAAGGCAAUGCUUACUGUAAUAAUCUUUCUUACUGGAUACUAUUUUUCUGACAGUUGUUUGUCAUGAAAAUAUUUGUUCUUGAAGCCCAUUUCUGUGCCACCUUUGGCCUUCUGUCAACUCUGCAUCUCAAAUGUACAUAAUUAAAUAUGAAAAAAGAAAACUCAUGUACAACUCUGAGAGGUUUUACUAACUUGGAAUUUUGUGGAAAAUAACUUUUGGCUUGCUUUGCAUUGGAUGUUAUGGUAACAGUACUUGUUGGAAGCAUUUUUUCAUAGUAUAAAUAUUUUGUAAUUAUUUUGGUUCACUUAGAUGACUUAUUUAAAUGAGAUAUUUAAUUUUAAGUUGGCAUUAUUUUUUUCCCCUACUAAAGCAAGAUUUAAAUUCUUAAAUAAAACCUAUCUCCAUUUCUGCUUUUAUUGAAUAAA